UUUGUUAAUUUUUGAUUAGAAUUGUAUAUUUUGGGUGUUUUUGGUACAAAAAUCUUUUCUAUGAAAUUCUGUGUUGAAAGUUAACACGUUGAAUUGAGAAAAUAGCUACAAGUGCUGUUCUAUGUUGAAGUCUCACGAAAAGAUGCAUUUCAGUGUGAACAUAUCAAAUGCUUUACAGCAAUUAGAAAGCGUAAAAACAGCUGUUGAUCAAAGCGACGAUGGUAAAUUAAAGGCUGCAACUAAUGAUGAUUUAAAUAUGCUUAUAAAUUUAUUGGAAAGUCCAAUAUUAAGGAGCAUUGUCACAUUACAUGAUUCUGUUAGCAUGUUGGCUACACAGGUGGCACACCAUCCUUCUAUAAUUCCAGGAGAUUUUGAUAUAACUCCUGCAGGUGAUCUGGCAAUACAAAGCAGAAAUUUAUAUGGUUCUCAUGAAGGGGAAGAAGAACAGAGGGUACCCCAAGUUUCACCACCUCAAAGUUUAGAGUUCGGAUCUAAUUCAGAUAAUGAAAGAAUACUAGGUCUUGAUUCAGCAUCUGUUGAUUCUAAUAUGUCUCCUAAACAGACUAGAGGAUUGUUAGAGAUGGGUCGAAAUGAUGACUCAUUAGCAUCAACAUCAAACAAUAUUGUAGCUGGUGACUGGGCCCAGGUAGAAAUUAUUAACUUAGUUAAUGAUGGCACUGGGCUGGGAUUUGGGAUAAUUGGAGCCAGGACAAGUGGAGUGAUUGUUAAGACUAUACUUGCUGGUGGUGUCGCUGAUCGUGAUGGAAGGCUCAAGUCUGGUGAUCAUAUUUUACAAAUUGGUGAUGUGAGUCUGAUGGAGAUGGGUUCGGAGCAAGUGGCGGGCGUGCUCCGCGCGUCCGGUUCGCGGGUGCGGCUGGUGGUCGCACGCGCGGUCGACCCCACUGCCGUGCACGCAUCCAACGCACCUAUUGUACCCGCUAGACUUCUUUCGAGUCCUGAGGCUCUAGAUCGUUAUUUAAUGGAGGCUGGUUUUGAGCAAGUAUUCCACACCCAACCAACAACUUUAGGCAACAAUUCAAAUUCUUCUAGAUUUGUCUUUGAUAAAUCUAUAACACCACCACUAGAAAGCGACGCUGAAUCUCCUGAAGCUGAUCGAUUUACUGUACAAUUGAAAAAAGAUGAAAAUGGUUUAGGCAUCACUAUCGCAGGUUACGUGUGCGAGAAGGAGGAACUUUCUGGAAUAUUCGUGAAGUCCGUGACGCCGGGCAGCGCGGCGGCGCUCAGCGGCAAGGUGCGGGUCAACGACCGCAUCGUCGCGGUGGACGGCGUGUCGCUCGCGGGCAAGUCCAACCAGAGGGCGGUCGACGCGCUCAAGCAGAGCGGCAACAUCGUCACUUUAGAGCUGGAGAGAUACCUACGCGGGCCGAAGUUCGAGCAGCUGCAGCAGGCGAUAGCGGCGGGCGAGAGCGCGGCGGCCGCUGCGCCGGCCGCGCAGCACAACCCCUUCCUGCACAUGCACCGGGCUGACAACUCGGACUCCAGCGACCAUCAUAUACAGAUGACGCAUCUGAAUACCGUUGAAAAUAAUGCAGAUGAAUUGAGUGAGAGUGGCCGCAGUUCUGCAUCUACAAUACAUCGUCCACAACCAGCGUUUGAGAUGCCUCGUACUCAAGAACAAAAAGAUGCUAUAAAACGAAAGUGGCAAGCUAUUUUAGGUGAAGACGUGGAAAUAGUGGUGGGCGUGGUGGUCCGCGGCGGCGGCGGGCUCGGCAUCUCGCUGGAGGGCACGGUGGACGUGGAGGGCGGGCGCGAGGUGCGGCCGCACCACUACGUGCGCUCCGUGCUGCCCGAGGGGCCUGUCGGCCGCGCCAACGUGCACCGCCCCGGCGACGAGCUGCUCGAGGUGAACGGUCACCGUCUGCUCGGUAUGAACCACCUGGAGGUGGUGUCGAUCCUCAAGGAGCUGUCCAGCGAAGUGUGCAUGGUGUGCGCUCGCCCACGCCCCGCCCCACAACUGGACCUUGCGCCUCCUGCGCAUACACUCGUCAAGGCGAAAUCGGACGGCAGCCUGGCGGGGGCGGGCGCGGGCGGCGGGGAGGAGGGCGGCGCGCUGGGCGCGGCCGGCAAGGUGCGCUCGCGCAGCCUCGAGCCGCUCACCGGCCUCGCCAUGUGGGCCUCCGAGCCGCAGAUCAUUGAGCUGGUGAAGGGCGAGCGCGGGCUGGGCUUCUCGAUCCUCGACUACCAGGACCCGCUGCGGCCGGCGCACACGCUGGUGGUGAUCCGCUCGCUGGUGCCGGGCGGCGUGGCGCAGCAGGACGGCCGCCUCAUACCCGGCGACCGCCUGCUCUUCGUCAACGACCAGAAUUUGGAGAACGCGAGUCUAGAGCAAGCGGUUGCUGCAUUGAAGGGUGCUCCGCGAGGCAUAGUUCGUAUCGGCGUGGCCAAACCUCUGCCCUUAGCUGACCACCCCCCACCACCGCCAACAACACCCCCUCCAUCUUCGUAAACAUACUAGUUCAAUUCAUGACUAUUGCCUUAUAACUAUUGAAAAAGCCAAGAAAUUGAAUAUUAUACAAUAAAUUUACGUUUUUAAAUUCACACUUGGCAAUUGAAUCAUUCUUGUAUGUGCACUCAAAAGUGAAAUUUUCAUUAAUUUUGUUUUAUGCAUUUAAGCCGGCAAGUGAAAAAGUUCGCAUGUAUAUCUUGCUUCAUAAAUAAGAGCAGAUUAGAUUUUAAGUUUUUAUGGUAUUUUCGGUUGGUUAACACAUUCCUUAUCAGUAUUUAUCUCGGUUUAGUACUUAAUUUACAUAAUAAUAGUUUUAUAUAACGCAAGUUAUUUAUGGCACGUUGUAAAAUAAUAUUUAUAAACAUCAUUUUAUCGUCAUUUAUCUAAAUAACCCUCUAAGCUCGGAUCAGUGCCAAUGUAGGUAUUUACGUUUGAUAAAUGUAUUAAUUUUAAUCUAUAGACUUUAAUGAAUGUUAUCAUUCCAAAAUAUAUGUAAGGUAUCAUUUGGAAUAAAUAUUUAAAUUUA